AUGAGAAUCUGUAGCAGUUGCGGAAAGGAAAAGAAAACAGCUAGUCAGAUGAAAACAUGCAAAAAAUGUCGUCACAGAAAGCGGAAACAGAAACAAUUUGCCAGAGAAUUAAAGAGCCAUUUAAUGUAUCUGAACCAGGUUUUUGCUUGGGGUAAUGACCAAUCAGAUUUAUUUCAGAAUACAAAAUUUUGUAGUGAGAAUACUAACAAUAACGAUGGUAGAGAUAAUAAUCGAGACGAUGCAGUAAUUAGGAAUCACCUCUAUGCCGAAGAUGAUGGGAGCCUUAUGUUAGAAAAAGGAAUGGGUACUACUUUAGAUUCUCAGCUCACUAUAGACGCAGAAACUUCAGAUAAUGAAUCUGACAUUCAACAUGAAAAUACCAAUACGAAUGNAAUAGCGAGUGAAGAUAUAGAGGAGGAUAAUUAUAUCAAUUUUAUUGAACCUGAAAGUCCACGUGCCGACUUAAACUCUCUUGAAGUUGUGCAUGAAACUGAUAUAGAAGUGGAGGAAAUGGAAGAGAAAAUGCAAGAAUAUGAAGAACUACAAGAUCAUGACCUGAUUGAUGAGGAGCUUCUUCCUGGCGGGAAUCCAGAUAUUGUUAUCGAAGAAUUAAGCAAUAGAGCUAGGCUUCCAGAAUCACCGAUUUCAGGGACAUCCGCUGAAUUCUUAANCCCUGAAGACGAAGAAAAAGCUAUUGAAGAAUUGCUAGAUUUCAAUGGAUAUCGCUUUGAUAAUUGGGCUAAAAUUGUAGUGAAAAAAGGAAAUGGCGCAAUCCUUGAUAUCCAUAAAACAAACGAAUGGUUUAAGAGGAUGACAUCAACUUCAAAAUUAUUGAAAGAUGAUUCCACUAAAGCAAGGAUACUCAAAAUAAUUCCUGAUGAAAAUUACAUAGGGGUUCGUAGCGGUUUCUUAGCGAGCGCGAUUGAGCAUGCNACCCUUUACACUCUCAAACAUUGUCCCCUAUGUUCUAGUCUUUCAAAAAGAUUGCACCAUGUUGCACACUAUAAACCUUUUACUAAAGAAUUGUGUAAUAACAGAGGCCCAUUUCAGAUCAUUCAGGGUCAUAAGGUCUCACUGUCAUAUAUUAAAGUAAUCAAUUCACAUGAAUUCCCCGAAAUUUCUAGUCCGAUUGUAACCAAACUAAAUAAACCACAGUUGACUCGAGAAUUAACUGAAUAUGUUUUGAGUGGAAAUAAAUAUUUAGAAGAUAUUAAUUUCAAAGAGAACGUACUAGAUAAAUACGGAAAGAAUUUCAGUCUGUUGUUGUUCCAACUACCUGAAGAAUCGGAAGCCAUUCAUGACUUAAGACAAGCUUUGGUAGAUAAAAUGGAGAAAAUUAGCGAAUUNGCUAGAAAAGAUCAUCAGGUUGGCCAUAGUCUUUUCAAGAAGUUCCGCAAUGUACAGCCAAGAACUGUUACGAUGUAUACAAACAUUGUAUUUAAAAUUCUAUAUACUAUGAUCAAAUUACAGGAACUUGGAUAUUUUCAAUUAGACGGGAUCGAUGAUGACAUUGAAACUAUUGAUAGCAUUGAUGUGAUAUCAAACUAUGUUGAUAACCAUUUAAUGUUAAAGAAAAUAAAUCCAGUUGGAUUCACAUUUGUAAGUUCCCCGUUUAUAGUUGCAUUGUGGAUCAAUCAUUUAGAGCCGGUGACAUGCAGCUUACGAGACGAAAGUGGCAUCCAGCAUUUAUUUGACGCAGUUCAAUUUUUCAUGAAAUUAGAACUAAUUAAUUACUGUCAUACAAAUCGACAUAACCUAGAAAAAGGGUAUAAGGAAUAUUUUAAAGCUACUGAAGACUACACCACAAUUUAUAAAGUACUUAAAAUUAUGAAGUCNAAAUUAUUUGAGUUUAGAACAAUAGUUUCCAAUUACUAUGAUGUUUAUUUCACAAGAAAAUACUUUACCAAGCUAUACAGAGAUACCGAAAUAAACUUGUCAGAUAUACCAGUAUUCGUAACAUAUCUUAUAAGUAGAUUUUGCGAUACAUUAGCACCAAUUCUAUCACCCGGAAUUAGGUUGUUAGAUUUCAUUGAUGAAAAUUAUAAUCAAGACUUUUAUUCGGCAACAUCUUGUUUUAUGCCAGUAUAUGCAUACAGAACACGACUUCCGUUUCUUAAGUUCGACUCGCCAGAAGAUUUAAGAAGAGCGCUUUGUUUUAAUUUUUUCAAAUUAAAUAAAAUCAUCAUUUUAUUGAUGUAUUUCACGGGAGGUCUUCCAUUUAGAAUGACNGAGGUGUUAGGGUUACAGUUUAACGACGUNAAGCGAAAUAUAUUUUUCCGUGGUGGAAAAAUGUUGUGUACAUAUACUUAUAAUAAGACUGAUAAUGUCAGUAACAAUACUAAACUUAUAUCAAGAGGAUACCCUGUAAUUGUUUCAAAGGUUGUCUUCUUCUAUAUUAAUUACGCAAGAUAUUAUGAAUUGAGGUUAAUGGAACAAUUGAAGCAAGCAGAUAGUAAUAAGGAAAAAUGGGAAAAGUUACAAGAAAGAUGUACUAGAUAUCUAUUUGUAGAUAUAAGUGGUAUCGUUCAACAAGAAGAUAUGUAUGCUCUAUUCAUGCAUAUGAGUACCAAAUUCAUCAAGAAAAGGUUGGGUAUAAGAGACUGGAGGCAAAUCAUGGUUCAAUUUGUUAAAAAAAAUGUUUCUAGCACAAGCANGUUAAGUUCUUCAUUCAUUUAUAAAUUUUUAGAAAUGCAAGCCGGGCAUGGACCAUCAGUUGCUUUCAAUAGUUAUGAAAAGACCAACAGUAGAGAGUAUGAAAAUAGUAUUGUUGAGGCACAGCAACUAAUGUCUGAACGAUGGCACGAUAUUAUUAAUCUUCCAACCUCUCUCAAGGAAAUAGAAACAUUCAAGCCCAAUAUCCAACUUGAACAGAAGGAAGUUUUUUAA